AAGCAGAUCCAACAAACCGGCUUUCCCUAGUUGGACACAAACUCACAAGGUACAAAGCCAAACACGACAACAACAGAAGCAGCACUCUUUGAAGUGGGAGACGUAGAAAAACCCGAUUGAAUAUCGCGACAAAUCUGAGAAACCAAUAAAGAAGAUGGUAACAAGAACAGAGGAAGAAGAGGUAAACAGAUUGGAGAAUCAAGUAGAGAAUGGAGGGGGAGGUGCUUGGGAAUAUCUGUGCCUUGUCCAUAAACUCAAGCUCCGUCGAUCUGAUUUGGUGUUGAAGCACGGCCUCUCCAUUCUCAAUGACUCUAAAAAGAGAUCUGCUCUUGGUCCUGAAGAGUGGACUCUUUAUGAGCAGGUAGCUGUUGCAGCUAUGGAUUGUCAGUCUCUUGAUGUGGCAAAGGACUGCAUAAAGGUUUUGCAAAAGAAGUUUCCAGGGAGCAAAAGGGUUGGCAGGCUAGAAGCUAUGUUGCUAGAGGCCAGGGGAUUGUGGUCAGAGGCAGAAAAUGCUUACUCAAGCCUUUUGGAGGAAAAUCCAUUUGAUCAGGUUGUACAUAAGAGGAGGGCAGCCAUGGCAAAGGCGCAAGGCAAUACGUCAGCAGCAAUUGACUGGCUUAACAAGUAUCUUGACUUAUUCAUGGCUGAUCAUGAAGCUUGGAGAGAGCUUGCUGAAAUAUAUGUUUCCCUGCAAAUGUACAAGCAAGCAGCUUUCUGCUAUGAGGAGCUGAUCUUAUCUCAACCGACAGUUCCUUUAUAUCACCUAUCCUACGCUGAUGUGCUCUAUACACUUGGUGGACUAGAAAAUCUUCAGAUGGCAAAGAAAUAUUAUGCAUCUACCAUUGACUUAACUGGUGGCAAGAGUACCAGAGCACUUUUUGGCAUAUGUUUGUGUACGUCUGCCAUUGGACAGUUGAGUAAAGGGCGAAGCAAGGAGGACAAGGAGAGCUCGGAGCUGCAAUCUUUGUCCGCAAUGGCAUUGGAGAAAGACUAUAAGCAGAGAGCUCCCAGCAAUCUCUCUGUGCUUAGUUCAACAUUAAGAAGCUUGAAAAUCUAACCAUGUUAGCAUGUAGCUUUAUUGGAAGCAGUACCAUACUGUUGCUGUGUGCCCUUCAAGAUUUAAGUCGCCGCGGAACUUUUUUCUUCUCAUUUUCUACUCUUUGCAUUAUUUUGCUUAUUUGUGGAAGGGCUGUUUACACUUCAGUAAGUAGGGGAGGAAAAUGGUUAUGCAAGUUAGUGAAAAUAUUAUUUUUAGACAAUUUUGGGAAACUUCAAUGAUGAAUACUAUACUUGAACUUCAUGUUGGGUCGUUAAUAAAUUUCUGUUGGAAAAGUUUGUGGAGUA